AUGUUACUUUUACGAAUGCUCUUAAUAGCGUGUGCUGUGAUAGUACCCAUUUGCGCAACACCCGUCAGGGAGGAACUAGAAGGAGAUGGAUGGCGAGCCGUAAGAGAUUUAGAAGAGGGCGGGAUAAGACGACGUAUUCCGGGGCCGAGGAAAGGGGUUUUCGAAGGAUCCGACCCGGAGAAUCCAUACCAUGACGAGCCGGAGUUCACCGAUUUAACAUCUUUCGGCAAUGAAGCAUCCCGAUCAGCGGGUCAUAACCGUAAUCAAUUGACGCAGACCGACCGACCAUCAAAUACUGAACUGCUUUGGCAUUACGGAAAACCAGUAAUCGGUAACCUGGCAGCAUCGGCCACCCUCAUGAAUUAUUGGCCCGAGCUCUUUGGAACUCGUAAAGACUUAUCUGUCUUUGUCUCUCCCGGCUUCUUCAUCUCUAUCGUACCUAGCAUCUCUUGCUUUUUGAUCAAUCGCUUCCGUUAUAACCGUGUAUUAAAACGUUGGGAUUGA